UCCGUCUAUGUUGGUAAUCCUUUGUCUUCUUUUACUCGCUAUCCCUACGGAAAGUUAUCCAAAAUCUCGCCCCCUCAUUAAGAAAAUUGCUAAGCCAGUCGCCAAAUCCACACUUCCUAUUUUAAGUACCACAGCCCUAUACCUUGGUUUAGAUUCACUUGUUCGUUAUAUUUCCGAGGAGCCCGAACUGUCGGCUAUAUUUGUCUCUAUUUUUGGAACCACGUUAAUUAUAGCCAUACUCCUUAUUGUUAAAUUUAUUUUAAAGAUUUAUCGUGCUUUCCACCCCACCACCUCACCAAUUCCACCAACAGAAUUAACCCAAUUUCAAAAUACUUUAGACGAAAUUGUACAACGUACUGUCCCCCCAAUUCGAAAUUAG